AACAAUAUAGAUCAAUGACACCCUUCAUACACCAGGAGGAGUUAUAGGCUGAAAUUGGGGAGGACAUAUAACUGGUUAGAUAUAUUACAAAAGUUAUUACUGUUAAACAAAACUAGCGACUUAUUUAUUUUAGUCCCAUUUUAACUAUGCUCUAAUUUAGUUAAAACAGUCUCUUGUCAAGCCAUGAGUUGAAAAAGGAGUGGCUUCGUGUUGCUAAGCAACGUAGUAUAAACCCCAGAUGAGUCAAGUUCCGCUUACUACAUUAAUUCUUUUCCGGUCUAGCCACUUUGGCGUGGAAAAUAAAUGUCUUUACAAGAGUGAAAGAUUCCCUCACUUAAGAUUUUUAAGAGACAAAUAAUAAUUAGUCGUUUUUAAAAUAUGCAUAUAAUGUAUCUUUGUAAAGAUUUAGCAUAAUUUAGAUGUGAGACUUUUUUAAAAUAAGGUUUUGAUGCCAUUAUUUUGAAAAUCAGCUACAGGAAAUAGAUUCAACAGUGGCUGCUCCUCUGGAACGAUACGGGUGUUUUAGCAUCUUAUCUCUUGAAACAGAAGGAAAUGGGAGAGUCUACAAUUAAAUUUUGUUCUUAAAAAUUUACAUUGCACUAGUCCCGUUACUCUUCUUUGCUCAAAGCGGGUAAAACCAGACAAAGUACGUUAAAAAACAAACAAACAAACAAAUAAAGCUAAAUGAAGCUAGCUAACAGUUGCCUAGGGUAGCAAUAAACAAACCUGCAAAAGCUAACAUCUGCGGGACAAACUAGCAAAAAUGAUCCUCUCGCGCGUGAAGCCUGCCAUCGGAGGAGAGUCUGCGCGGAGCAUCAGCGAGAAGAAAAGGAAAAACAAAAACAAGAUUCCCAGUUUGGAGGAGUACCUGCAGCAGAGAGACUACCUGGGAGCUCUGACACUGUUGGAGUUUCACAAAAGGAUUGGAGAAAAGGACGAGCAUGCAGACCUCUGGAUCGGCUACUGCGCCUUUCACUUGGGGGAUUACAAGAGAGCGAUGGAGGAGUACCGAGCUCUCACCAUGAAACCGGACUGUCCUGCUGAAGUCUGGGUCUACUUGGCCUGCACCUUGUUCUUCCUCGGCCUUUAUAAGGAAGCGGAGGACGCCGCAUCCAAGGCCCCCAAGUCGCCGCUCCAAAACCGGCUGCUGUUUCACUUGGCUCACAAGUUUAACGAGGAAGAGAAGCUGAUGGGUUUCCACCAGAACCUGGAGGAUGUGACCGAGGACCAGCUGAGUCUGGCAUCCAUCCACUACAUGCGCUCGCACUACCAGGAAGCGAUAGACAUCUACAAACGCCUUCUGCUGCAGAACAAAGACUUCCUGGCUCUGCACGUGUACGUGGCUCUGUGCUACUACAAGCUGGAUUACUACGACAUCUCCCAGGACGUGCUGGCCGUGUACCUGCAGAGCAUCCCCGACUCCACCAUCGCUCUCAACCUCAAAGCCUGCAACCACUUCAGGCUUUACAACGGCAAAGAAGCCGAGAGCGAGCUGAAGCACCUCAUCGACAUCUCCUCCUGCUCCUUCGAGUUUGCCAAAGAGCUCAUCCAGCACAACCUGGUGGUGUUUCGGGGAGGGGAGGGCGCGCUGCAGAAGUUACCUCCUUUGAUCGAUGUGAUCCCCGAAGCCAGACUGAACCUGGUCAUCUACUAUUUGAGACGAG